AUGGCUCGGGCAGCCACAUCCAAUAAAGUCCAUCCCAGAUGCCACAGUCCUGUGUCCGGAGAGUCUUCAGAUGGGGGCAUCAGGGGCACCUUCUCUCUCAUCAUCGAAACCUGGAGAGAAGAGUUAGAACAGAUUGGCGGACCCGCCUGGAGCCUUCUGGCGCGCGUGGCCGGCCGGCGCCGCCUAGCGGCCGGGGGCCCGUGGGCGCGGGAUGUGCAGCGCGCAGGCGCCUGGGAACUACGUUUCUCCUACCGCGCGCGCUGCGAGCCGCCCGCCGUCGGGGCCGCAUGCGCGCGUCUCUGCCGCUCGCGCAGCGCCCCCUCGCGGUGCGGCCCAGAAUUGCGCCCCUGCGCGCCGGUCGAGGACGAGUGCGAGGCAGCGCCGGCAUGUCGGGCCGGCUGCAGUCCAGACCACGGCUUCUGUGAGCAGCCCAAUGAAUGUCGAUGCCUGGAGGGCUGGACUGGGCCCCUCUGCACCAUCCCCGUCUCCAGCAGCUGCCUCACUCCCAGGGGCCCAUCCUCUGCUGCCACUGGAUGCCUUGUACCCAGGCCUGGGCCCUGUGAUGGAAACCCAUGUGCCAACGGGGGCAGCUGCAGUGAGACAUCAGGAUCCUUCGAAUGCGCCUGUCCCCGCGGGUUCUACGGAUUGCGGUGUGAGGUGAGCGGGGUGACGUGUGCGGAUGGACCUUGCUUCAAUGGCGGCUUGUGUGUGGGAGGCGCAGACCCUGACUCUGCCUACGUCUGCCACUGUCCACCCGGUUUCCAAGGCUCCAACUGUGAGAAGAGAGUGGACCGGUGCAGCCUGAAACCGUGCCGGAACGGCGGGCUCUGCCUGGACCUGGGCCACGCCCUGCGCUGCCGCUGCCGCGCCGGCUUCGCGGGGCCGCGCUGCGAGCACGACCUGGACGACUGCACCGGCCGCGCCUGCGCCAACGGCGGCACGUGCCUGGAGGGUGGUGGCGCGCGACGCUGCUCCUGCGCCCUGGGCUUCGGCGGCCGUGACUGCCGCGAGCGCGCCGACCCGUGUGCCGCGCGCCCCUGCGCCCACGGCGGCCGCUGCUACGCCCACUUCUCCGGCCUCGUCUGCGCCUGCGCGCCCGGCUACAUGGGCGCGCGCUGCGAGGUCCCGGUUCACCCCGUCGGCGUGGACGACGGCACAGGCGCGUUACCCGCGGCCCUACCAGGCCCGAGGCAGGGGGAUCCCCAGCGCUUCCUUUUGCCACCGGCUUUGGGACUGCUGGUGGCCGCGGGCUUGGCCGGCACUGCGCUCUUGCUGGUCCACGUGCGACGCCGUGGUCCUGUCCGGGAUACUGGGUCUCGCUUGCUGGCGGGGACCCCGGAGCCAUCGGUGCCUGCGCUACCAGACGCACUCAACAACCGGAGAACGCAGGAGGGUUCCGAGGAUGGCCCGAGCCAGCCCGCGGACUGGAGUCACCCCGAAGAUGGAGACUCUCGUGCGAUUUACGUCAUAUCUGCGCCUUCCAUCUAUGCCCGGGAGGUAGCUACCCACCUCUACCCGUCCGCGCACUUUGGGCACGCUGGGUGGAGGCAGCCCCUGCAUUUCCCGUAGCCCUCCUUUACCCUAUCUAUCCCGGCCCGGACCCCAGAUCCCCGCCAGACCUCGAGCCCGGGCUGGGCCCCGAAUCCCGUCCGGAUCUCGGCCCGAGCCCAGAGUCCCGCUCAGACCCCGACUCCUGUCCAGACCCCGGCCUCAGCCUGGACCCCCACUCUCGUCCAGACCCCGACUCCGGUCCAAACCCCAACCCCAGUCUGGACUGAGACUCCUGUCCAGACCCCGACUGCCGUCGGGACUCCGACCCGGGUCCAGACCCUGACUCCAGUACAGAUUCCGACCCGGGUCCGGACCCUGACUCCAGUACAGAUCCCGACCCGGGUCCGGACGCCCACUCCGAUCAGGACCCCGACUCUGGCCCGGAUCCCAGCCCCAACCUCGUUCCCAGUCGGGGUCCCAAUCACAGCCGUUGCCCCUGCAUCGGAAUCCUUAGGGAACCCAGCCCCACCUUUGGAGCCACCCUCAGAAUCUGCUCUGGAGCCCCCUGUGUGGCCUGACAAGGAUCUUUCACCCACACCCAGUGUGAAGCACUUCCCAUCAGUCGCCAAUGGAUUCGGCUCUGUCACCCAAGAGUCCCUUCCUGCCCACACUCCAACGGCCGCUGAUUUCCUGGGGCCCACCCUUGGGUCAACCUCGAGGGCAGACUCAUCAGCCACCAAGUUGAUGGAUUCCACUCCCGAUUCUAUUCCCGCGCCCAUCCUGGAGACCGACUCCUUCGCCACCGCUUUCACCUCCACCUUCGAGAACUUACCGGAGGACAGCAAGAUCCUGAUUCGAGUGAUCUACUGGUGA